GGCCUCAAACUCGAUAUGUGUCCGUUGAAAAAAGAUGUUUGUGCUAGUAUGGUUUUUGGUGACAAUAGGAAACGCCGCUAUGAAGAGUUCCUUGAGAAGCCCUUGUUGAAUUUCGGUGGUACGCUUAAAAGAUAUAGUUUCGGUAUCUUCUCCUCUCACCUCGAACCCACUGAUCCAGUAAAUUUAAAUUCAGUAGCUUUGGAAGCUGAUGCGUUUGCGAGGAUGCACAAACUAAAACUUCUGCAGCUCAAUCGUAUACAUAUUAGUGGGCCCUAUAAAAAGUUUCCCAAAGAAUUAAGAUGGUUGUGCUGGUGUGAAUUCCCACUGAAGUCCAUACCUGAUGAUUUCCCUUUGGAGAGCUUGGUUGCUCUCGACAUGCAAUAUAGCCAACUAAAAAAUGUAUGGGGAGGAACAAAGUUUCUAGGGUUAUUAAAAAUCCUCAAUCUAAGUUAUUCAUAUAACCUUGCCAAAACACCCAACGUUUCAGAACUCCCAAAUCUUGAGAAAAUGGUGCUUAAAAGUUGUACAAGUUUGGUUGAGGUUCAUGAAUCCAUUGGAUGCCUUGAGAGACUUGUUUUGUUAGAUUUGGGAGACUGCAAAAAAUUGAGGAAUCUUCCGAGUAGCAUUUGUAUGCUAAAACAUUUGGAAACGCUUGUCAUCUCCGGUUGCUCAAAUCUCAAUGGAUUGCCGACAAACAUUGAAAAUAUGGAGUCUCUAACUGUGCUCAAGGUAGAUGGAAUUGCUUUAAAUCAAUCUCUCCCAACCAAUGGACAGGCGAAUGCAAUGCAAUCUUUCAUCUGGGCUUGGCGGUUGAAACGAAGAGAAAAUCAGGAGAUUUCAUGGCCUUCUUUACCAUGGUCCUUGGUAGAAUUAAGUCUAGCAAACUGUAAUCUUUCGGAUGAUGAUUUUCCCAUAGACCUAAGCAACCUAUGCUCACUAAAGGAACUAGAUUUGUCAUCUAAUCAAUUUCGUAGCCUCCCAGAUUUCAUCGGAAGUCUUACUAAGCUUGAGUACUUAACCAUUUAUUCUUGCCCAAGGCUCCGCAAACUUGAUGGGGUCCCGGAACUACGUCAUUUGGGUGUCGGAGAUAAUAUAUUGCUGGAGGAAAUAACAUUUCAAAACUCACACCGUCCAACAACCACUUGUCUAUUGGACGCAUGCCACCAUCCAGAGACUCUGAGUGCAUUCAAAUUGGAAUCCAUAGGUAACAUUGAAGCUGAGAUUGUUAACAACUUGGGCUUGUGGAAGUUCCAGUCCAUGGGAAACCUAACUGUAAAGCUAACGUCAUGGGGUGGCAUGCAACAAAGGAGGUUUCCCCUCCAGGUAUGUUAUGAAACACAUAUAAUCUACGCUUAUAUUCCUGGCAACAAGGUUCCACCCUGGUUCAAUUUUAAGAAUCUAGGAUCUUCAAUUGAUUUCAUUGUGCCUUCAUAUCUUGAUUCGAGGAUACGAGGCUUGAACGUGUGUUCAGUUUAUGAGCACUCUGGUGAUCCAAUAGACUAUAAACUACUUCCUUUCAUGACUGACCCAAAACAUCAUGAACCACAUACUGUCAUUAGUAAUAGGACAAAGGGCUUGAUUUGGAGCCAUUGCCCACAAGUCUUUGGAACUGCAGAAGAUGGUGAAGAUACGAUGUGGCUAAGUUAUUGGAAGUUUGAAAAUCAUCUGGACAUCAGCGAUGAAGUCAAUAUUUCAGUGUCUGGAGGUGGAUUUGUGCAAGUAAAGGAGGUUGGAGUCCACCUUUUGUACAAGGAGGAACAAGAAGAGAUGAGCUCCCAAUCAGCCUAUGAAGAUAAAGGAUCCAAUCAAGUCUAUCAAUUUGGAAAUAUCGUUCCAGGAAAUGUUUCUGCACAUCAGCCGACCUCAAUAUUGCACCAACUCGGCAAUGAUUCUAGUCUUUGCGAGUAUUGUGAGAAUCUGUACCCUCCACCUUGGAUCCCUGUCAGUCCUAAUUAUGAUUCUGAUUUGCAAUAUUGUUGGGCUUCAGCACUUAUGGCGGGGAGGUCAUUUUAUGUUUCUCAAGACCUUGGGCGUUGAUUUAUUAAGCUUCUAACAGCUUGUAUCAACGAUCGAUAUUUCGUAGUUAAUCUGGAAAAAGUAUAUUUUACAUCUCAUUUGCUCUUGUGUAAUGUAUAUGAUACUGAAGAUUUCAUGAUACUACAAAUUUAGUAGUACCAUUUUGGGGGAAUGUGAUCGAAUUUACUUUUGCGUUCUACCAAAACAAA